AUGACUGAGAAUAUCAACCUGGAUCUCUGCCCCGUGUAUGCGCCGUUCUUUGGUGCUAUGGGUGUGACGGCUGCCAUCGUCUUCACCUGUCUGGGUGCUAGUUACGGUACUGCCAAGUCGGGCGUUGGUAUCUCGGCGAUGGGUGUGCUCCGGCCUGAUCUGCUGAUCAAGUGUAUCAUUCCCGUGGUUAUGGCUGGUAUUAUUGCUAUUUACGGUCUCGUCGUUAGUGUGCUGAUUUCGGGAGACAUCAAGUCGCCCAUGACCCUGUACGCCGGCUUCAUCCAGCUCGGUGCGGGUCUCUCGGUCGGUCUCGCUGGUCUUGCGGCCGGCUUUGCUAUCGGUAUUGUCGGUGACGCCGGUGUGCGAGGCACGGCGCAGCAGCCCCGUCUAUACAUUGGUAUGAUCCUGAUCCUCAUUUUCGCUGAGGUUUUGGGUCUGUACGGUCUGAUUGUGGCCCUCAUUCUCAACACCAGAAGCCAGGAGGCCGGCAGCUGCACGCUAUAA